CGUCGUCGUGAGCGGACGUGUUUACGUUUUUCGGAAUUUCAUCUCGUGUUUUGCGCAACUUCAAAAGUUCGAAAGUUGGUUUUUGGGUGUGUGCUUGUUUUUACAUAAGCCGACGUUAUAUUGACAAUGAGCACGUCCCUCACAAUCCUUUGUCUACUGGCGCUAGUAGCAGCGAGCACUGGCAUCCGUUGCUGGCAGUGCGGCCAGUACAGUGAUGGGGUCGGGUCUAUCACACCCUGUAACAACAGAAGUGCUACGAGAUUGGCGGAAUGCGCGCCGAAUGCGAAGUUUUGUAUUAAAUAUGUAAGCGAACUGACAGUGGUGAGGGAUUGCGUGCCGACAUGCAGCGAAAAAGAAUGGUGGGGAGCACGUACAUUCUGCUGCGACUCGGAUGAGUGUAACUCAGCCUACACGCAGAAGCCUGCCAUUGCAAUAUUCACCAUGGCUGUCACGGCCGCCAUCUUGUUUUUACAUUGACGCGCGUAAUGACGGCUCUUAUGUUUUUUUUUUAAUUAUGUGAUUUGAACGUUAUUGCUUUUUAUUGUAAUAUGAGUUUAUUAAUAUUAUUUUGUAUUUAUUAAAUAAUUUCGCCUGUAAGAAAAGUUAUGUGCCUAUUGUGUUAAAAUAAUUUAAAAUUUUACAAACAAUAUUUUUAAUAUUUUCUUGUACCAUCUGUUCAUUCCUAUAGAAUUUGAAUAACAACGUUACUGUCCUAACCAAACACAUUUGCUGUGCAAACAACUCACAAAAUAUGACUAAAGAUGAUAUCCUCUGUUUCAAACCUUAAUUUUUAAAGAAAUUUUGCGAGCAAAAUAUGUUUUAAUCAGUCGAGAAGAAUUAAAAUUAAAAUUUAAUGUUAUUUAUGCGUUUUACAUAAAUUUGCUAUUAUGUUUUUUAUGAAAGAGAGAGGUGAAACAUAAAUUCAUUUCAUGAAAAACCGAAAUAUCAAAAAGCUGGAAAUUAGGUCGCACACUCUUUGUAUGUAACGCAUAACAAAGGGACUAUAGAUAGUUUAGCAUCAGAAAUACAAAAUAUUUACCACAUAUUGGCAAAACCACACAUAUACAAAAGCGUUUGAGAUACAAAGGCAGAUAAAAAGAUAAUUUCAAGCCUACAUUGGAGACAAAAGCGUAAUGUUUCAGUGGUCUUUUUAUUUUUUUUUUUAUUUUAGUCACUCAUUGUGCUUCGUUGGAAUUCCCUUUACAGCACAAAGUAAUGGCGGUUUUUUGUUAACAAUAAAUUGGGUACUUAUAAAACUUUGUUAACAAAUUGAAGUGUUAUUUUAAUUAGGAAUGAAACUAAAAAGUUUAACUUUCGGAUAGUGAUGUUAAUAGGAUUGUCACGUUUUAAGUUUUAGGUAUUAUUUUUUGAAGAGAUAUCUACUUGAUUUAUAAGCGUACACAAUACACUUAAAAUUAAUAUCCUUAUGAUGGUACAAUAUUAAUAUUACAAUUAUUGCAUAGGUUACUGUUUUCAAAGAUGUGACAGUCCUAUACCAAGUCCACUUUCGGUAUACCAAGCUCAAAAGAGGUUAUAGUUUUGCAUACGUUGAAUAGGUACAUACAAAAUAUUAUAAAAUUCUGGACGUAUUUUUUUUCGGAUAGAAGAAUUCUUAAAACUCUUAUGUGUACAUCCCUAACAAGCAACACGCCCAAAUUUGCCAUCCGCACGUGAGAUAUCGUUUAAGAUUAUGUUUUUAGAGACAAAAUGCUCACAUUAGCGAAGCGUUAUAUGCUAGCUGCGCGAAGCUAGAGAAGAAAACAUGGAUUCUAAGGAAAAAUAAAAAAAAAUGACGUAAUUUUGUUGUUUAAAUAUUUUUUAGGUGAUCAGUGUAUGCAAAACUACAAGUCCCUUCGCGCUUAGUAUACCAAUAGUGGGACACCCUGUAUAUUGAAAAGCAUGCUUCUAAACACGUACAAAAAUGUCCUUUUAAAACCAAAAAAACAACAAGACGGAAACAAAACUGCAAUCAAUCUUUCACUCUAAAGAACCAAAAAAAGUACUUGAAAUAGGACAAUUUUUUACGAAUUUUAAACAAAAUUUAAGACACAGGCCUUAAUCAUAUUAAAUUCGAAUCCACGGGCUCAAUUACCUCUCCGUUCUCUUAAAAUGAAAGUGCUGUUUCAAAGGCAAUUUAGCCAAAGUUGAUAACUGGCAAGUUAGCACUAAUGGUUUUAUAAUUUACGAAUUAAACAUCUACAGUACAGAAAUUAACUCAAACGGACUUUUAAUAUAAUUUAUCUUGGUUUCGGCGUUCUUCAAAAAUAGUUAUGUACCGUGAUUUUAAAUUU